AUGGCUAGACCUGGAAAAGGUCAUUGGCAGGGAGUAAAAAGAGUUCUACGAUAUGUUAAAGGGACACUUAAUUCUGGUCUCACGUUUACUGCUCAUGGUAAUAAUCCUGUAUUGUAUGGUUAUGCUGAUGCUGACUGGGGAGGCGAUGUCGAAACUCGACGUUCUACAUCUGGAUAUGUGUUCCAGAUACAGAACAACACGAUUAGUUGGUGCAGUAAAAGGCAAGCAUCCGUUUCAAGAUCAACAACAGAAGCAGAGUACAUUGCCUUGAGUACUGCAUGUCAAGAAGCAGUUUGGCUCAGAAGAUUACUUUCUGAUAUUGGUUUGAAGCAAGAUGUUCCAUCGACAAUCUUCGAGGACAAUCAAGGGGCGAUUGAACUCUCUAAGAAUCCAAAAUUUCACAAUCGCACUAAACAUAUUGACGUGUCUUUUCAUUUUAUAAGAGAACAAGUCAAUCGUAAUAUAGUUUGUGUUAAGUAUUGUCGAACUGAGAACAUGCUAGCUGAUGUAAUGACAAAAGCUCAAAAAUCACAGAUUGACAAAAAUCACAGAUUGGCUUAAUGUUAAUAAGUUAUCGAUUAAUACGAAAAAAACAAAAUUUGUUUUAUUCAAAUCUCCAAACAAAAGAACAAGUCAUGAUAUCAAACUUUCAAUGAAUAAUGACAAUAUUAAACAGGUCAAAAGUAUAACAUUCCUUGGGAUUGUGAUAGAUGAAUGUUUGACAUGGAAAUAUCAUAUAGAACUAGUUUCAAAAAAGAUUAUCAAAGCUACUGCAAUAAUUUCCAAAAUCCGAUACUUCACAAAUAGUAAUUCUCUAAAACUAAUUUAUUAUGCGUUAGUCUAUCCAUAUCUUAUCUAUGGUAACCUUAUUUGGGGGAAUACGUAUAAGACACGUAUUCAAAAACUUUUCACCAUUCAAAAGAAACUUGUAAGAUUGAUAACGUUUAGUUCUUAUUUUGAGCACACUGAUCCGAUAUUUAAGAAACUUAAGAUACUCAACAUCUACAAAAUAAAUGAGUAUUUAACUAGUUUAUUUAUGUUCAGAUACUACAAAGUACAAAAUUUACCAGAAAUUUUUUGUAAUUAUUUUGUAUCCAACAACGAGAUACAUCAUCACAAUACCAGAAAUGCAUCGCUCCUUCACAAGUCUUACAAAAGAACAAAUUACACAAAACAUUCCCUAGCAAACAAAGGAAUCGAAAUUUGGAACUGUCUUGCAAAAGACUUCAAACAAAUAAAAUCACAUUUCGUCUUCAAACGAGAGGUAAAGAAACACUUUCUUCAUAUCUAAUUAACUACCGGAAGUUUAUAAAUUCUAUCAAACUAUAGGGCACAACAAAUCACCACACGCUUAUUUCUAUGAUUAUUGAUUACUAUAAAUAUCAAAUUGUAAUUGUAAUUGUAUUAUUAUAAUAUACCGUAUAUAUUCGCAAAAUUGACUACUGUAAUAAUUUGAUUUUGAACUGGUUUACUUAAUUAAUUAAAAAACAAUUGUAAAUAUAUUUCUAGGGGUCUAAGUAAAAAAGCCAAAUGGUUUCAAAUAGACUCCUAGCCCUCUUCUUCCUUAAUAUUAGAAUUUUCAUGUAAAUAAAUAAAUAUUAUUGGGCAAAAUCAAAUAAAUAUAAUAAUAAUAAUAAUAAUAAAGCUUUACCAAAGGUAUCUUUUGAAAGGUUUAGAGACAUGAUGGGAGUAAAAGACAUUGUAUGAUCAAAUGACAUUCAGAUACAUUUGAGUUGACAUUUUUUAGUUUAUAGGUUUAAUGACAUAAUGAACUUACAUAGUGUAGUCAUUAAGUGGGAGUGUUGAACUGCAUACUUCAUGUAACGUAUAAUGACUCACUUAGUGUUAGAUUAAGUCACGUGAUAGGGAAGCAUGCUUUUGUUCUUUUUUUUAUGCUUCGCUAGCAGGUUUUAUACGUCCUGUAUACUUCUCAUUAAAACUACAAUGAAAUACGGUUACGAUUAAAGUCGAUCAGUUUCUAACAUUGUUCACAAAAGUCGUCGAAUAAGGCGAACCAAAUUUGGAAACCAGGGCGGUGACAAACAAGCGAUAUUUAAUGUCUCUGCAUGAUAUCGUUUUUUGUCACUGAUCUCCGUCGUUUUUUGUUACAUGAUAUCGCCUUUGUCCCGCUAUUUAAUCAUUGUCGCUUGGGACAAUGAUUAAUAUUCUAAUUUAGCUUGUGUUGGAAUUCUGAAGUUACAAUCACCUACUUCCAGAUGGAACAGUUUGAUUACUUUCAUGACUUGAAUAGUUUGAAGGCUUAUACGCCCGGGAUGGCGCCGUUGGCGCCGUUGGCUCGUGGAUGA